CGUACGCAUUCACCGAGCAGGGAGUAGCAGCGUGGGGUCGCUGCUCGUCCGUUUUCUGGAGCUUUCGGAAAUCUACGCCGGCAUAGAGACACGCGUGCUGGGUGGCACACGCGAGAAAAUUUGCACGAGUCAUCGUCGUACGUGUCUUUCGCUAGAGCGAACGAACGAUUAUCAGAGACCUGACGUAGACGCUUAACAUUUCUGGUGUACGUGAUGGAUGAUCAGGUAGCUACUCUGAAGGAGAAAGGAAACGCUGCUUUACAAACGGGCAAUUACGAUGAGGCUAUUAAAUGCUACACGGACGCGAUUGCCUUGGACGGUAGCAAUCAUGUUCUCUACAGUAACCGCUCAGCGGCAUACGCAAAGUCCGAGAAGUAUCAACAGGCGCUCGAGGAUGCCGAGAAAACGGUCAGCUUGAAGCCAGACUGGGGAAAGGGUUACUCACGCAAAGGCAGUGCCCUUGCUUACCUGGGUAGAUAUGAUGAAUCUAUUCGGGCUUACGAGAAGGGUCUACAACUGGACCCAAGCAACUCGCAACUCAGAAGCGGUCUGGCCGAGGUAAGGGCCCAGAGAACAGCCGCGUCGACCAAUCCAUUCAAUUCGCCAGACAUCUUUGUCAAGUUGGCAAAUGAUCCCAGAACGAAGGGAUACCUGUCUGAUCCAGAGUAUAUCAAGUUGCUGCAAGAAUUGCGAAACAAUCCACAGAGUUUGGGUACCAAGCUCCAAGAUACCAGAGUGCUUACUACCCUUAGCGUGCUGUUGGGAAUGAGCGCCGAAAUGGAGGAAGCGAUGGAGACAGAGCCGAUGAAUCCGCCGGAACCGCCGAAACCCAAACCAGAACCAAAACCCCAGAAGAAGGAAGAGGACAAUCUUCCUCCUGAAAAGAGGAAAGCCUUAGAGGAGAAGAAACUCGGCAACGACGCUUACAAAAAGAAAUGCUUCGAAGAUGCCUUAGAGCAUUACAAUAAAGCCGUAGAGUUGGACUCGACGGAAAUCGUUUACCUGUUGAAUAUAGCGGCGGUGUACUUCGAACAGAAGGAGUAUGAGAAAUGUAUCGCUCAGUGCGAGAAGGCCAUCGACGUCGGUAGGGAGAAUAGAGCAGAUUUCAAAUUGAUAGCAAAAGCAUUCACGAGAAUUGGUCAUGCUUAUAAAAAAAUGGAAAAUUGGAAGCAGGCUAAGGUGUACUAUGAAAAGUCCAUGUCGGAGCACAGAACGCCAGAGAUUAAAACUUUACUCUCGGAUAUAGACAAAAUAAUUAAGGAGGAGGAGAGAAAGGCUUACAUCGAUCCAGUUAAAGCGGAGGAAGAGAAAGAACUUGGAAAUCAAAAGUACAAAGAUGGUGAUUAUCCCGCGGCCAUCAAGCAUUAUUCUGAGGCAAUUCGAAGAAAUCCGGACGAUCCUAAAUAUUAUAGUAACAGGGCGGCCUGCUAUACCAAACUAGCGGCGUUUGAUCUCGGCUUGAAAGAUUGUGAGAAAGUGGUGGAACUGGACCCCAAGUUCAUCAAGGGCUGGAUUAGGAAAGGAAAAAUUCUGCAGGCCAUGCAGCAGCAGGGAAAAGCCUUGACGGCGUAUCAGAAGGCUCUGGAAUUGGAUCCCCAGAACAGCGAGGCGUUAGAGGGCUAUCGCUCCUGCGCCAUGUCCGCCAGUUCUAAUCCGGAGGAAGUUAGAAGGAGAGCGAUGGCGGAUCCAGAGGUCCAGAGUAUAUUGCGAGAUCCAGCCAUGAGGUUGAUCUUGGAACAAAUGCAAAGUGAUCCAAGAGCUUUGCAAGAUCAUUUGAAGAAUCCUGAUAUAGCAGCAAAAUUGCAAAAACUUUUGGAAUCUGGUCUCAUCGCUAUCCAUUGAAGAUACAUUAGCCAUAUGGGAUACUUAUCGUCAUAUUGCUCUGCUGUCACAAAUUCCUUUAAUAUUAAGGAAAUUCGCAUUCGUGUAUCGCAGAUACAUUAGCCAUAUGGGAUAUUUAUCGUCAUAUUGCUCUUAAACUCUGUGUUCAAAAAGCCAUUUGGAAUAAAAGUUACACAUGAUUCUUUCGUGCAAACGCAGUGGCCUUUAGUGUCAUCGAUGACUUUUGCAUUACAAGACUUGUUACGGUGAUCAUGUGUAUAUCAAUACACAUAUAUACAUAUAGUGAGGCUCCUCGUGCAAAAAUGAAGUGUAAUUGUGAAGCUGUGAACUCUUAAUAUGUAAUAUUUACAUAAAAAAAAAUUUACUCCAAUGGCUGAACCAUGAAUAUUAUAGCACAUUUUGAAAGUUAAUAAUGUUAUGUUAUUACAUUUAAAAAAUCAUCUAAAAUUAGAACAUUAAUCUUUUAAAAUAGUAAAGAUUUUUAUAAAAUUAUUUCUGUAUAUGAUGCACACACUAACAUUUAUCUUACUGUUCAUUUAAUUAGUGCUUUUAGUAAUAAAAUUAGCCAUAAUAAUAUAAUGAAUGCGAAGUCAGAUUAAGGUGACAACCAAUAAGAGGAAUGCUUCGAAUAAACAUCUUUUUAAACUGAA